AUGCUCGACGGUCCAUUACCAUUUGAGCUCCGGCCGCGCAAGCUCGCCCAGCUGUCGGGCGAGGCGACGCGCAAGCUCGCGAAGCUCGCGAGCGCGGCGGGCUCGCGCGAGGACCGCGACGAGGCCGUGGCCUGGCGGGCCGCCGUGCUGCGCUCGCAAACGUACACGGACGAGGCGCUGGCCGCCGCCCUGCGCCGCUUCGACCUCGACGGCUACGGCUCCGUGAAAUUGGCCGUCUUCGAGUGCGCGCUCGAGGCCGUCGGCGUCGCGCUCGACCGCGGGGCCGCGGGCCGCUUCUUCGAGGCGCUCGACCUGGGCCGGAGCCGGCGGUGCGACGCCGAGGUGCUCGUCGCGCUCUGCGGCCACUGGCGGCGCAGCGCCCCAACGCCACCGACGGACGCGCCGCCGCCCCCCCACGGCCCCUACGACGCCGAGGUCGCGGCGUUCCAGGAGGACGCGCGCGCGUUCGCGCGGCAGCUCGGCGACGCGUGCGAGCGCUUGGACGCGUCGGGCUGCGGCGCGCUCUCCUACAACGCCGUGCGCCUCGCGUGCCUCGACGCGGGCGUCGCCGUGCCGAGCCGCCGGGCGCUCGAGCGGGCGGCGGCGGCGGGCGGCGUCGCGCGGCGCGACGGCCUCUUCGAGUACCGCGCGCUGCUCCGGUGCGACGACGCGGACGCGAUGGGCGAGCACCACGGCGCCGUCUGGCGCCGCGCGGCGGGCGCCUGGGCCGCGGGGCGCGCGGGCCUCCACGGGAGCGAGCGUUUCGACCUGCGGCGCCUCGCGGCGGUUUUGGGACAUUCCGGCGCGCCGCUCGGCCGCGACGACGCGUCGGAGCUCUGGCGGUCCGCGGCGCGGGGCCAGCGCCAGACGUCGGCGUCGGCGCUGGACGCCUACUUCGCCGUGCCCGACGCGCCCGUCGUGCCGGCAGCCGUGCCGACGACGACGCGGUGGCGCGCGCCGUUCGCCGUCGACGGCGACCCGCGCGAGCGCUGGGUGCCGCCGAAGCACCUCGCGCGGCGGCCGGGCAUGCGCCGCGCCGACGACGAGACCGACGACGCCUGGAGCGCCCAGGUGACCUAUCUGGACCACGGCGCGGCCGAUCAAGCGGCGCUCGACAACUUCGAGCGCGCGCGGACGGAGCCGCCGUUCUGGACCGAGGGCGCGACGCUGGAAGCGCGGGACGUCGGCGGCCGGCGCCACAACGGCGCGGGCUGGGAGAAGACGCGGGGCGACAGCGCGUCGCGGCCCUACUACGCGGACGUCUUCGCGGACCCCGGGCCGGCCGCGGGUCGGGAGCGGACGGACGAGGGGUUACUCGAGAAGGUGCCGGACCUCGCGGCGCGCCUCCGCGAGGCCUGCGCCGCCGACCCGGCGCUCGCCGAGAGCGCUCUGUGCCAGUUCCGCACGGGCCCGCCGAGCCUCGACCGCGGCGAGAUCAUCUCGCUCGCGCAGCAUCUAGGCUGCGUGCCCAUCACCAAAGGCGGCGUCGACCGCGUCGCGCGCUGGAUCGACCGCGGCGCGCUGCGGAGCGACGCCCACGACGUCGACGGGUCGCACCUGGGCUGCCGGGAGAACACGAUUCGAGUGUUGCUGGAUUUGCCGGUGGUGACGCACCUCGACGCGGCCGCGGCCGCGCGGGAGCGGCGCCGCCGCGAGCGGAACCGCGGCGGCACGAGCCACCUGACGGUGCGCACGCCCUACCCGGAACUGGCCUUCCGGCUCACGGAGCAGCAGCGCCGCGCGUGCUACCGGGUCAUGCGCCGCGCGAACGCCGUCGUCGCGCGCUGCGCGGCCUACGAUCUCGACGGCCACGGCGCCGUGACGCCCGAGGCGCUCGACGGCGCGCUGCGCGACGGCUCGUUGCUCCCGGAGACCGACGAGCGGCGCGACGUCGUCGGCUACGUCACGGAGGACGACGGCCGCGUGCGCUACGCGUCGAUCUACGCGACGCUGCAGCGGCGCCUCGACGACGACGCCGCGCUCUCGCCCGGCGGCCCGCGGCCCCGGCCGCGCCCGCCGGCGCCGCACCCGCGGGGGUCCCAGGAGGCGCGCGGCGCCAUGCCCUCGCGGUGCACGCAGGACAAGCUCGCCGCGCGGCCGCCGGCGUCGUCCGUCGCCGACGCGCCGGCGCUCAGCGGCUGGCGCGGCUCCGACGGCGCGCCGCCGCUCAAGGGCCGCUCCGACGACGGCUGCCGCGCGAAGCACGCCGACGACCUCCUGGGCCAGCACGUGGGCAGCGGCGUGACCAGCGCGGCGAGCGCCGACGACGCGGACGGUACCUUCGCGGACGUCGGCCACAUCCACCGACGGCCCGGCGCGGCGACGGACGACCUGCUCGAGUGGCGGCGGCCGCCGACGCCGGAGCGGCCGCGGCGCUUCGUCGACGACCCCAGUAAGUGGGAGCCCGCGGACACGGAGUCUCGCGAGGCGGGCGUCCCGCUGGACCACGGCGACGACCUCGACCGCGACCGCGAGCGCGACCUGCGCAACGCGGCCCGGGCGACGCCCGAGGACGCCGCGCGGGCCGCCGUCCUCGCCAAGUUCGACGCGUCGAAGACACUCGGCGCGCGGCCGAGCCCGGCGACGGCGGCCGUGCGGCUCCGCCACGCGUUCCGCCGCCACGCGAAGCGCGGCGCGUCGCCGGGCGGCGGCGCGCUCCUGCUCGUCGCGGCCCGCGGCGGCGGCGCGGGCGCCGCGCCGGGCGGCGGCGUCGCCGCGACGACGGACGUGGACCAGGUCCUCCGCGAGCUCGGCGUGGACCUCGACGGCGCGGAGCUCGCCUGCCUCGUCGGCGACGCCGGCGCGGCGACGGACGACCCGCGCUUCGUCCUCGUCGACGCGCUCAUCGUCCACGUCGUCGAGAUCAGCUGGGCGACGCUGCUGCGCACGAGCCGGGGGGAGCGCGACACGGUGGCCCUGGCGGCGAAGGUGCACCCCUGGUCCGGGCGCGCGCGGCUCGUGCGCGCCCUCGUCCACAACGGCACGCCGCUCUACGCGUCGCCGCGCGCGACGCUGUCGGAGACGCUCGCGGUGCUGCACCACUGCCACGUCGCGCACGCCGCGGGCGGCGCGGGCGGCGCCGUCGUCGUCUCCGUGUGCGAGACCUUGGAGCUCGCCGUGCCCCACGCCGGCGCGCCCAACGAGCAGACGCUCCGGCUCGUCGCGCGCGGCGUCGAGGUCCGCUGCCCCGAGGCGUCGUGGCGGCCGUGGAUGCCCCUCGCGCUCCGCUUCUCGAGCGACCGUGUGCAGAUCCAGCGCACGCGGCGCACGGCGGCGCCCAUCCCGCCCGUCGUCGAGCUGACGGCGCGGGGCGCGCGCGACCGGCUCGCGCUCGAGGACAUGGCCGAGUUCCUCCACAGUAGGGGCGAGGUCGGCCGCGCGCCGACGGAGGGGUGCGGCGCGAACCUGCCGGCCUGCGACGUCUUCGUCAUGCCUCGGAACCGCGCCAUCGAGUGGCUCGAGGACUUUGUGGCCAUCGAGAAGCGCCACACGACGAUGACGCCCGAGGAGGCGGACGUCGCCGCGCUCCGGCGCAUGGCGAAGCUGCCGCCCCGCGGCGACCCGGACAUGGACACGCGGACGCUGUGGGGCGUCGUCGUCCCGCCCGACGAGUCGUCGGCGCGGCCGUCCGACGGCGGCGCACUCGACGCGGCCCCCGCGGAGCAGCUCCGCCACGCCCGGGCCCAUUUGGCCACGUCCGCGCGCGUCGGCUCGUCGAUCUGGGGCAUGCCGUCCAGCGCCGCGCCGACGACCGUCGUCGCCUCCUCGAAGCCGCCGAUGGCCAUGCACACGUUCUUGCCCGACUUCACGAGCCGCUUGAAAUUGUCGCUCUGGACGGCCUGGACGCCCAGCUUCACCAUCCACUCGCUCACGAGGGGCAUGAUCGUCACCCACUUCGUCGCGAGCCAGGCCGCCCGCCACGCGUGCGACGGCUUGAAGUGCCACACGCGCACGCACAAAUGCUGGAAGCGGCGGGAAUGCGCCGGGAAGGCGGGCGCGCCCUACGAGGCCCGCGGGACCGUCGCGCCGCCGCCGGCCGUCGACGUCGAUCGCUGGUGGCGGGCGAACGCGACGGCCGUCAAGGCGGAGGUCGCGCGGCACUCGAUGAUCUUCGUCGCGGGCUCGCCGAACAGCGGCACGUCGCUCCUGCGGACGCUCGUCGCGCAGGCGGGCCUCGCGGAGGGCAUGGAUAGGUGCGCGGAGACGACGCGCUGCGUCCACACGAACGUCGAGGGCCAGUGGCUGCUGAAGCUCGAGGGCCAGCGCUUCGUGUCGCCCGUCGUCGCCGACGUCUACAGGCCGGGCAACCUGUCGAACCACCUCACGGAAGCCGACGCGGUCGACGCGGACGCGGCGCUCGUGACCCUCUGGCGCAUGUGGUCGCUCUACUGGGACAUGGCCCGCGCCUACCUCGUGGAGAAGUCUCCCGCGAACAUCAUGAAAAUUCGCUGGCUCGACGCGGUCUUCCGGCCCGCGAGGCGCGUGCGCUUCCUCGUCACGGUCAAGUCGCCGCUGACCCACAAGGGCGCCGAGGCGGCGGAGGCGCACAAGACCGCGGUCAAGGCCUGCGAGGUCGCGGCGCACAAGGCGCGCAUGGCCGCCUACAAAGAGCAGCGCCGCCGCGAGCGCCGCCCGACGACGACGAGGUUCGCUCGACCACCGAGUUGGCGGCGCCUCUUCGGCGGCGCGCCGCGGAGUCGCGCGCCGCCGGGGCGAGUCGUCGCGAAUCGGACGCGCGCGCCGCGGCGGGGCAACGCCAGCGAGUGCGAGGCCGCGGGCGGCGGCGCGCUCGCGGAGCAGCUCGCGGCCGUCGAGGACUGGGCGCGCAUCCACGAGGUCCUCGCCGGGGACCUCGAGGCCUGGGACGAGGCGCCGGCCCGCGUCGGCGUCGUCCGCUACGAGCGGCUGUCGCUCACGUGCCCGUGCGAGCGCAUCGUCCGCUUCGCGAUGCCGGACCUACCGCCGGGCGACGGCCGCCUCGCCGCGGCCUGCGCGCCCUUCGCCGCGUGCCGGCGGUCCCGGCGGCUCAACCUCCACAACGCCACCGAGGGCAUCAAGUUCCUCUCCGACGCGUCCGGCCUCGCGCGGCUCCGCGCGUUCCGCGACUUCCUCGACGCCGGCGGCGCGAGGACCGGCGACCCGGCGGGCUGGGCGCGCCUCGUCGCGCUCGACGCCCGGACGUCGGCGCUCGGCUACUCGCUCCUCGAGCCCCACGCGCACUACGACCCCGCGUCGCCGCGCGUGACGGACCGGUGGGCGCCGUGGAGUCUCACGCCCAUGGCCGUCAAAGCGGUCGUCGAGCGCAACGCGGACACGGGGGAGGACGAGGCGCGGCUCGACGGGGUGCUGCUGACCUGGGCCGUGCUGACGGGCCGGGUCUACGUCGUCGCCUGGCCGAGCCCCAAGGCCGCGAGCCGCGCGGACGCGUCGCCGGCGCCCGAGCCGUACGGCCGCGAGAGCGAGGAGCUGCCCGAGGGCCCGCAGCGGACUUUGAGCCGGCGACGGUCGACGCUCGACGAGCCCGAGGAGGAGGCCGGCGGCGACGCGCCGAGCGAGCGCGGCUCCAUUUUGCCGACGGACCUGAGCGGCGCCGCGGGCCAGGCGUUCCGCGAUCCGAAGUCGAAGCGGCUGCUGCUGCGCGACGGCGCCUACUGGAGCGAGCCGGACCCCUACGGGUUCAAGGUGCGGGGCCCGAGCUACCUCAUGGACAAGGUCAAGGUGCCCUGCGGCCCCGCGCUCUUCCACCUGCUCGACUGCGACCUGUUCGACAUCGACGAGCCGCAGCCGCACAUGGCGCGGCACCUCAAGGACCGCAUGGCCGCGCUCUGGGCCGAGAGCGGGCUGCUCGUGGAGGGCAAGCGGCCCUACACGAUGAUCGUCCAGCUCCAGGUGCCCGGGCCGCCCUACAAGUCGUUCUGCAUGUACCUGGGCCUGCCGGACCGCGACGCGAUCUUCGGCGCGGACACGCCCUUCGGCCACGUCGCGAAGCGCUUCUUCGAGCCCAUCACGUCGCCCGGCGGCGAGGGCGGCGGCCAGUUCGCGACGAACGACAAGCUGCACAAGUGGCGCAACAACACGUUCAAGCUCAUCCCCAGGUGCGUCAACGCGCCGUUCGUCGUGAAGCGCGCCGUCGGCGAGGUGCCGACGCUGCUGGGGAACAAGAUCCAGCAGUUCUACUUCGCGCCGCCCGACGGCGACUACUUCGAGGUCGACUGCAACAUCGCGUCGAGCCGCAUCGCCCAGUACACCAUCGGCCUCGCGAUCGACCGCGCGUCCGUCGUCAUCGCCGACCUCGCCUUCCUCCUCCAGGGCGGCGCGCCCGCGGAGCUCCCCGAGGCCCUCAUCGGCGCCGUCCGCAUCGAGCACAUCGUCAUGCGCGACGCGACGAAGCUCGACCUCUCCAAGUCCACCAAAGCCAAGGCGGAGGCCAAGGACGCCGAAGCGCACGCCGCGGCCAUGGCCACCACCGUCAAAGGGCUGGCUCUCGCGGAGAAGCACGAGUUGCACGUGUGCCAGAAGACGAUCAACGCGUUCAUGGACGACUUCGGCGCGGCCGUCGGCGCGCUCGGCCUCGCCGACGCCGUCGGCGUGAGCGUGGAUUUUACGCUCUUCGGCAGCGACGUGAGCGCCGGAAGGACCCCGCUGAGCCUCGGGAAGCGCAUGCCGACCUGGAAGAGCCUCGCGGACCACCCGUCGGCGCCGCCGGCGAAGGGCCGCGCGCCGGGCAAGUUCUGCGCCGAGGUCGUCGCGGAGCUCGAGGAGGCGCUGCUGGGCUUCGUCAAGCACCUCGAGGCGCUCGUCGUGCACACCGUCGUCGGCUUCGAGCACGCGGCGGCCUUCUGCUUCAGCGACCUCAGCUUCUCCGUCGCCCUCGACCCGGUCCCGAUGCUCCAGGAGAGCAUCAACCUCACGGCGACCGUGUCCAUCGACGCGUCCAAGCUCGGCGAGCCCGCGGCGAGCUAG